UUUUUUUUUUUUUUAGAACGGAAAACGUACAGGAAUUGUCAAUGUGAAGCUGCUCGCUGACGGUAACAGCUCGGGAGAAAUCGUGAAAUCAGACGUGACUGAAUAAAACAGGUUGAAAUUUGUCUUGUUUUUAAAACUAGAAAAAAUGCUCGAGCGCUGCGCGUGCCGUCUUUCGUGUUGUGUGGAGCGGGGACCGGAUUGUGAACAGCGACCGUAGCGAUUUGUCUCUUAUUUUUAUACAUUUCUUCAUCAACCGCCGAUGAUUUCAGGCAGAGAUUCGCUAAAGUGGUGCCUCGAUAAAUCGCAAGGAUGAAAUUUACCGAGCAUUUGGCGGCUCACAUCACCCCGGAGUGGAGGAAACAGUACAUCCAGUAUGAGGCUUUUAAAGAGAUGCUGUACUCUGCCCAGGACCAGGCUCCAUCGAUCGAGGUCACGGAUGAGGACACAGUCAAGAGAUACUACGCCAAGUUUGAGGAGACGUUCUUCCAAACAUGUGAGAAGGAGCUGGCCAAAAUCAACACAUUUUAUUCAGAGAAACUGGCCGAGGCUCAGAGGCGCUUCGCCACAUUGCAGAAUGAGUUGCAGUCGUCUCUAGAUGCCCAGCGCGAAAGCAGCCGUGCCCCGGGCCUGCGUCCUCGGCGACGCGCCGUCUUCCACCUGUCCCAGCAGGAGCGCUGCAAACACCGCAACAUCAAGGACCUGCAGCUGGCCUUUAGCGAGUUCUACCUCAGCCUCAUACUGCUGCAGAACUAUCAGAACCUGAACUUCACCGGUUUCCGGAAGAUCCUAAAGAAACACGAUAAGAUCUUCGAGACGGUGCGAGGGGCCGACUGGCGGGUCUCUCACGUCGAAGUGGCGCCUUUCUACACCUGCAAGAAGAUCACCCAGCUCAUCUCUGAGACCGAGACCCUGGUUACCACAGAAUUAGAAGGCGGCGACAGACAGAAAGCCAUGAAGAGGCUUCGUGUGCCUCCCUUAGGUGCAGCGCAGCCUGCACCGGCGUGGACCACUUUCCGUGUCGGACUUUACUGUGGAGUCUUUAUUGUAUUAUUGGUCACCAUCAGCAUCACAGGCAUUGCAAAAGCACUGCAGUCUCAAAGUAACUUGGAUGACGUAUGGCCGCUGAUACGGCUCUACCGCGGCGGCUUCUUGCUCAUCGAGUUUCUUUUCCUGUUGGGCAUCAACACGUACGGCUGGAGGCAGGCAGGCGUCAAUCACGUGCUUAUCUUUGAGCUCAACCCUCGCAACAACCUCUCGCACCAGCACCUGUUCGAGAUCGCAGGUUUUCUUGGCAUGCUGUGGUGUGUCAGCAUUUUGUCAUGCCUCUUCUCGGAUUCCUUAAAGAUCCCAAUUCACGCCUGUCCGUUGGCGCUCUAUGGCUUCUUCCUGCUUUUCCUCAUCAACCCCUUCAAGACGUGCUACUACAAAUCCCGCUUCUGGCUCCUCAAGCUGCUGUUCCGUGUGGUUACCGCUCCGUUCCACAGAGUGGGCUUUGCUGAUUUCUGGCUGGCUGAUCAGCUCAACUCGCUGUCCGUCGUCCUCAUGGACCUGGAGUACCUGAUCUGCUUCUACAGCGUGGAGCUGCAGUGGCCCAUGUCUAACGAUAACUUGUUUAAAACUGUUACGUGCAACACCUAUUCAUAUGGCGUGCGAGCCGUCAUCCAGUGUCUGCCGGCCUGGUUCCGCUUCGUGCAGUGCCUGCGGCGUUACCGAGACACGAAGCGUGCCUUCCCUCACUUGGUUAACGCUGGCAAAUACUCUACCACCUUUUUUGUGGUGACUUUUGCUGCACUCUACAAGACCCACAAAGCCAACGGCAACCAUUCAGACACGGACGUCUUCUUCUACGUGCUGAUCGCCUGCUCGAUAAUUAACUCCUGUUACACGCUCAUCUGGGACCUGAAGAUGGACUGGGGUCUGUUCGACCGCAACGCCGCUGAGAACGCGCUCCUCCGCGAGGAGAUUGUCUACCCACAGAAGGCCUACUAUUAUGGUGCCAUAUUAGAAGACAUCAUCUUGCGCUUUGCCUGGACCAUUCCUCUCUUUGCGGGGAUGCUGACUUCCUACGCUUAUGUUUCCGACAUCGUGACCACCAUUAUCGCGCCACUGGAGGUCUUCAGACGCUUCGUGUGGAACUUCUUCCGCCUGGAGAACGAGCACCUCAACAACUGCGGCGAGUUCCGAGCGGUGCGGGACAUCUCCGUGGCUCCGCUGAAUGCCGACGACCAGACGCUGCUGGAGCAGAUGAUGGACCAGGAGGACGGCGUCAGAAACCGACAGGGCAAGAAGAGCUGGAAGAGGAGCUACAGCAUGUCGCUGAGACGACCUCGCCUCGCCUCUCAAUCCAAAAUGCGAGACACCAAAGUCCUGAUCGAAGACACAGAUGACGACACCUGACCUCCGCCCUCUUCACGUCUCUCUCAUACCCAUGAAAAAGACCACGGUCCCUUGUGGGGCCUUUAGCCUUUCGACGGCUCUAAUCAGUCCAUCACAAAGCUGCCUGUCUACACACACACACACACACACACACACACACACACAUAUAUAUUUAUACACACAUAUACGGUCUCAGAGAUGAAACCAAACCUGACACUUGACACACUUUCCUCACUAGCACAGGAUCAGCCACUCGAUUAGUUACUGUAUCACUUCUUGACUUCAUCGUUACUGCCUUGAUUAUUUUCAAAGCUCCAUUUUUGUCCAAAAGAAGAAGGAAAAAAAAAACCUCCCAAAAAAAAAAACAGCUGUUCACAUGACAACAGGGAUCAAAGCGUGAUAAUCAAAAAAAAAAGAAAAACAAGACUCUCCAGAAAUGAAUGACUCUGUGUGGUUAAACACCACGUCUCUGUGUAUUUAGAGUUGUCCAUGUCGCAGACCCCUUAGGUGUAUUAGCCACCGUCUGUGGAUUCUUUUUUUUUUUUUUUUAAAGAAUGUACAUUGCUUUUGUUAUUUAUGUGAAGGAAAGCUGCCUUUGGUCAAUUGAUUUUGAAAGUUUUAAAAGUGAAACAAAACAGUUGGGAUACCACGACACCCAAAACAUGGACAUUUGAUUGGUAGAUGUGCUUCAAAACCCUCAGGUGGCUUUGAUCGGAUUCUUAAUAACACACCACUAAUGCAGGUAUGAACUAGGACAAAGAACCAAACAAACACUGAACUACUAGCUAGCCGACACACGACUCUUGCCUACUUUUUGUUGUUUGUGCUUUUUUUUUUUAUUAUUAUUAUUAUUUUUUUUUUUUUUUAAGCAUCAUGCCAAUGCAAUCUGAACGAAUGCUGCUUCAUCAGAACCUGCGGGAGUUUUCCGUCCCGUUGGGUUUUAGCUACACAGCUCAUUUGAGAGCACGCCAAAUGGACCAUUCCACGAAUGCUUUGUCGUGAUUUGAGCAGGGAUUUAAGGCCUGGACUUUUAAAUGAGCAGGUCUAGGUUAACAAAAUCAUAAGCUGUUCUUUUAGCAUUGCUAGAACCCUGUCUUCUUCUUCCUCUUCUUCAGCAAGACCUUACACUGAACGAUAGCAUCUAUUUAUUUUGUACAGCAAUCCAUCACAUUCCAGUGUGCGUUCAUUCCACAUGAGCUGAGCUCUGUCCACUUUUUUUUUAAUGGACAUCUUCCAGAGUUGCAGCUAGUCCGUAAAUGCCACCUAAGGGUUUGUUGUUGUCGUCGUCGUCAUUGUUGUUUAUACAAAUCCAGGAACAGAACUUGGGUUCAUCAGCUAUGUCUUGAUUCUUAUUUGAAGAAAUUGUGGACUUGACAGACUUCACAGAAGUCAUUUCUUUUAAACUACAACAAUUCAGAAGCUCUGGAAAUGUCUCCAGGACCUGUAAUAAUGGAGGAUUGUAAAGUGGUAUGCCUCAGGUUUCUGUCCUGGGUCCAGUUACGUUCCAGGAGCAACAGGAAAAUGCGACAGGUUCCCACUCCCGUUUGUUCUUCUUGUUCUUACCGACAUGGUGCGCAGGAGCCGGGCUACUUUCAGCCAUUAUAAACUUAACGAUUCACUUCAGUGCAUCUGCAAUAAUCAGAAAGGCUCCUAUUCGAAAUAUGUGUCCUACUGUCCCAAGUAAACGCUUGGACCAAAAAACAAAACCGUUGAAUGUUGUUUUGUUUUUUGUUUUGUUUUGUUUUGACCCGUAUUUGCUUUGUCACUGCUCAUAUUUUGACUGUGACUGCCAUUACUUUCUGUUCAGUCUUGUGCAUAUUUUAUGUAAAAAGAAAACCUUUGCAAUACACGUAGUAUAUUUGAAGACCAUUCCAUUUAAAGAGUGGUGCUAGUUAACUGAAAAAAAUAAAACAAUGUUAAUGAUACA